CCCCUGCGCGGAACGAUGCGGGGUCAGCAGGACGGAACUCCGAUGCCUGCGGAAGCGGAGCCGCGAAUUUGCAGGUCCUAGCCAGUAGGCAGCAGUGCAUCAUGGGAAGUCGAUGGAGAGGAUAUGACAUCUACAGAGAUGAUAACGGCCCAGUUGAGACAGUAAACAACCGCUCGUACCAGCUCCACCCCAACCCCUCCGCCCUCAUGUCGUCCACUACGGCAGACAUCCACCAGUCGGACCGUACCAACUCCAACGUUCCGCCCAACACGCUCAACCUGCAGUCGUCGCUGAACGACGCCAUGAACGCCGCUACGCGCACCAACACGACCACCACGGGCGGCGGGAAAAGCAGGAAGAAGUACGCCACCACCGACCUGUCUUCCAUGGGGAUCCCCACGGGGGUCCCCGAACCCACGCUAACCACUCAGACUAAUAACGUCACUGCUACGGACGAGCUUCAGCGCCCCCGCGCGGGCUCGCAGUCCAAACGGAAGGACGCCGAUUCCCCGAAAGCGCCGCCGGUAAACCAAAACGCGAACCAGCCCGCGGAGAAGUCCAGAGAAACGACCUCCAACUACUCGUCCAAACGGAAAGGCUUCCUGGAUUACUAUGCCGACCUUGAGAAGUCUGCGAACACGAAGGUCGCGGAGGCGUGGGAGAAGCAGCUUCCGGAGGAGAACACGAGAAUAGCGCGGAUCGAGGAGAAGCUGAAGCAGCCUCCGCCCGAGGGAGCCAGCCUCGCCGAGCCGCCCAAACCGGAGCUGGGGCCGGUCGCCAAGAUCGCACUGGAGAGGUGCGAACAGAACAGGAGGGCAAGGGUCAGCUCAGACAUACAGCACUAUAAAGCUCCAGUUACAGAGGACCUUUACGCCACGAGUGCAAAGACGAAGGUCGAGGCUGACAGGUUAGAGCGUCCCCGCGACCUUCCCGUUCCAAGGUCGGUGAGCGAUGAAGGUUACGACGGGAUGUUCAGCUCCCCGGAGGCAGACCACCAGCCGACACCCUCCGUCGACGAUGAUGAUGAUGAUGAUACUGAGGUGGAAGAUGAAGAUGAUGAUGAGGUUGAAGAUGAAGACAUCAUCGAAGAUGUGGAACUGGAAGGUUACGAAAGGCCCGAGUCUGCCCACGUUACCUCCCCCAUCACCGAGGCAGAAGACUCCGGCCUGGGAGAGAACCAGCCGUCGCCAAAACUGCCGCCGGGCUGGGAGAAGGUGACGGAGACGGAGGGCAUCUCGUUCUACUGGCACAUUCCGACGGGCACGACGCAGUGGGACCCCCCUCCCCCACCCUCCGAGGACGACCUCAAGCCAAGGGCAGACAGGAAGGACGACGAAGAACAGGUUGAGAAGGAGCCAGCUGCAGCCACACCUGAUCAGGACUCCAGCCUGCAGGAGUUCCAGAAGGCCACCCUCACACUCGCCAGCAAAACUCUUAGAAACGACAGUGUGAGAAAACCGCCAGAAGAGGAAGAGGAGACCAAGACUGGAGCGGAAAAGAAGUGCUAUGCUGUGCGGUCCCUUGGCUGGGUAGAGAUGGCAGAGGAGGACCUGGCUCCAGGCAGAAGUAGCAUGGCGGUGAACAACUGCAUCAGGCAGCUGUCCUACAGGAAAACUGACAUCAGGGACACCGCUGGCAUCUGGGGGGAGGGUAAGGACAUGUUCAUGGUGCUGGAAGGGGAGGACCUGAAACUGCUGGACCCGACCGACAGGAAGGUCCUCCAUGUCCAGCCCAUCCCCCAAAUAAGGGUCUGGGGCGUCGGCCGCGACAACGGCAGGGACUUUGCGUACGUAGCGCGAGACAAAGUGACCCACACGCACAAGUGCCAUGUGUUCCGCUGCGACACCCCCGCCAAAGCCAUCGCAAACGCUCUGCACGAAAUCUGCACAAGGGUGAUGACGGAGAAGAGAAGAAUGAAGGAAGUUGCCAUGGCACAACAGAGGCAGCAGGCCGACAGGAUAGACACCCCCAAGGAACCAGCUGUGCUAGAAGCAGGCAGUGAGAAAGUUGACUUCCCGACACCGAAGAAUGAGGCCAUUUCGUCUUUCCAGGUGCUUUAUGUGGGCAGCACACCUGUGGCCAAGCCUUCAGGUAUCAAGGUGCUGAACGAGGCGAUUGACUACGUGUCCAGGAAGAACGAGGAUGACUGGAUCCCGGCCACCGUGGACGUGGCUCCUUCUGCUGUCACCGUCAAGAGCAAGGAGACGAGAGAACAGCUGACGGAGUGCAGAGUUCGCUUCCUGUCCUUCCUGGGGAUCGGCAGGAACGCAAAUGGAAAGAUGUUUGGUUACAUCCAUGCCCUGAGCGCUACUAAGUUCGAGGCUCACGUGUUCCACUGUGAGCCGACGGCCGCCGCGCUGUCCAAGGCAGUGGAAGGAGCCUGCCAGCUGAGGUAUCAGAAAGUCAUCGACGCUCGGCCAGAGAUUCUGAAGUCCAGUAAGCCACAAGCUCCGGCAGAAAACAAGAGGUGGUCGUCGGUGAAGUCGGGUUUCCAGAACAUGCUGGGUCUGCGCAGGAACAGCAGGGUCAGACAGCAGCCUCCGGACGAGCCACCGACUCAACAAUAGUCUCCAACCCAGGCUCAGCACAGGCCUGGAGGACUGUAGUGUACAUAAUAGUCAAUCUAUCAUGCAAUGUUGAAUGUGGGAGCCUGAAAUGGGCUUCCUUCUGGCUGUAGAGUCUCCAAAGUUAUACACCAGAACAGGCCAACCUACACCAAAGUCUGCAGAAUUAUAAGUUCAGGUGGAGGUUUUCGAGAACUUACAUGUAGUUCUCACCAUAAAAUUAGCAUAGGGUAUAUUUUAAUACUUAGUCUAGUUCUUCUUGUUAACCUUUUUAUUAACCUACUUAUUAAUAACCAUUUUGUUGACAUGGAGUCUUUUACUGUAAGAUUUUUUUAAUGAGCUUAGAAGUUUAUACUUAAGGUAUUCUCUUAGCAUUCAAGAGUUAUUUUUCCUUAGUUUUCAUGAUAGAAACUCGAUCUUAGCACUGAAACAUUUAGUGGAUGUGGAAAAGCAAAAUCGCACUUCUUUCAGGUUGUCAUGGCAGCAGCAGGAAUUUGCUGUUUUGCUGAGUCGCUCUGGUUAAUGCAAAUGUACCUGAGGCCAGCCCAAUUUAUUUCCUUGGUUCUCAGACGUUUUCAGUAAAGAUUUUGCAAGAUGAAAACAGAAGGUUGAGAGGAAAACUUGAAUCUGACUACUGGAGUUCGCUCCAUGAAACUCUGUGUACCAAGGUAUCCAUAUAUUUAAAGUUAAAACUUUAGGUGCAACACAAAGUUCUCUGAACUAGAGCUUCGACCAGUCCCUCUGGUCUUCCUCAGUAGACUGACCCAGUGAGGCUUGUCACACGGCUUUUUUGAAGUGUGA